GUUUGGACGCGUUUGUAAAAGGCCGCGGCAGGCGAAGAGAGAGGAGAAGAAGAUAAUAAUACAUGUUGGCCAGGAAGAGAAGAGGAGAAGCAGGAACCCUCUUAUGUUGCUGACUGCCAAGAUCUCCACUUAGGGCAGUUGGGAAUCUUCGACUCUGGAACACUGGGCAGGAGCUUUGCCAUUGGCUGGCCAAGAAAGGGGAGGCAGAAUGUCUGCAUUGUUACACCAUAGAGUUCAAACUUCAAAAGACUUUGGGUUAAACAGUAUCAUUUACUCUGCAAAUGAUUGUGUCUUUGCCUGUCUUCUAUGAUCAUCCUAAACUAAUGAAACACCUUUCAGGUCUUAUGGAUUCAGGUUACACUGUAUUCUGGAUGCUGUGGCAGCUGAUACAGGGCCUUUGAAAAAUGGAGCCAAACUCUCUGAGGACUAAAGUCCCAGCUUUCUUGUCUGAUUUGGGGAAGGCCACAUUGAGGGGAAUCAGAAAGUGUCCCCGAUGCGGCACAUACAAUGGAACCCGGGGACUGAGUUGUAAGAACAAGACAUGUGGAACCAUAUUCCGCUAUGGUGCACGGAAGCAGCCUAGUGUUGAAGCUGUCAAAAUCAUAACAGGCUCUGAUCUGCAGGUUUACUCGGUGCGGCAAAGAGACCGGGGCCCUGAUCACCGGUGCUUUGUGGAGCUAGGUGUGUCAGAGACGACAAUCCAGACGGUGGAUGGGACAAUCAUCACUCAGCUGAGCUCUGGACGAUGUUAUGUCCCCUCAUGCCUGAAAGCUGCCACCCAGAGCGUUGUGGAGAAUCAGUGCCAGCACAUCAAGCUGGCAGUGAACUGCCAGGCAGAAGCCACCCCUCUGACUCUGAAAAGCUCAGUCCUGAAUGCAAUGCAGGCCUCCCCAGAAACCAAGCAGACCAUCUGGCAGCUGGCCACAGAGCCCACAGGUCCCCUUGUACAGAGGAUUACUAAAAACAUUUUGGUGGUGAAAUGCAAGGCAAGCCAGAAGCAUAGUUUGGGGUAUUUGCAUACAUCCUUUGUGCAGAAAAUCAGUGCCAAAAGCUUGCCCGAGCGCCGGUUCUUCUGCUCCUGCCAGGCUCUGAAAUCGCAUAAGUCGAAUGCCUCCAAGGAUGAGGUGGCCCAGAGGUGUAUUCAUUUCUUUGCUUGCAUCUGUGCCUUUGCCAGUGACGAGACAUUGGCUCAGGAAUUCUCAGACUUCCUAAAUUUUGAUUCCAGCGGUCUUAAAGAGGUUAUUGUGCCCCAGUUAGGUUGCCAUUCAGAAUCGACAGUAUCAGCUUGUGAGUCUACUGCCUCUAAGCCAAAGAAGAGGAAAAAAGAGGAAGUACCUGGUGCACAGACGAACAGUUCACUGCUGCCUCAGGAUGCAGUGAGCAGUAAUCUAAGGAAAAGUGGCCUGAAAAAACCUGUGGUUGCUUCUUCAUUAAAAAGGCAGGCCUGUGGUCAGCUGUUAGAUGAGGCUCAAGUGACCCUGUCCUUCCAAGACUGGCUGGCCAGUGUCACAGAACGCAUCCAUCAAACCAUGCACUAUCAGUUUGAUGGCAAACCAGAGCCACUGGUGUUCCACAUUCCUCAGUCCUUUUUUGAUGCUCUGCAACAAAGAAUAUCUAUAGGAAGUGCAAAGAAACGGCUUCCCAACUCCACCACAGCUUUUGUUCGGAAAGACGCCUUGCCACUGGGAACCUUUUCCAAGUAUACCUGGCAUAUCACUAAUAUCCUGCAAGUUAAACAAAUCUUAGAUACCCCAGAGAUGCCCUUGGAAAUCACUCGGAGUUUUAUCCAGAACCGGGAUGGGACUUAUGAGCUGUUUAAAUGCCCUAAAGUGGAAGUAGAGAGCAUAGCAGAAACCUAUGGUCGUAUAGAAAAGCAACCCGUGCUGCGACCUUUGGAACUAAAAACUUUUCUCAAAGUUGGCAACACUUCCCCAGAUCAAAAGGAGCCAACACCAUUCAUCAUUGAGUGGAUUCCAGAUAUCCUUCCUCAGUCCAAGAUUGGUGAGCUUCGGAUCAAGUUUGAGUAUGGUCACCACCGGAACGGGCAUGUGGCGGAAUACCAAGACCAGCGGCCACCGCUGGACCAGCCCUUGGAACUGGCGCCUCUGACCACCAUCACUUUCCCUUGACAAGGGAAAAAACAAGAGUCUUUUGCUGCUAAAUUUGCACAUUCCCAACCCUUGACAAUUUAAAUACUAGUUAGGCACUUAGAUGGCCCUGUCGCCUAGUGAACUGCUCUUAGCCAAGAUGCAAUUUCUUACCGCAUUCAAGUGGAUUCUGUUGAAGAAAACUCUUCUUGUAAAUGGCCUUUUUGGUGCUGCUGUGUAUGGUCUUUGUUAUAAAUUGGGUGAUAUUUCUGGCUAGAAUUUUUAAAGGAACAAAAAGGAAACCAGCUCUCUUUCCUUCUUAAAGAACUCACCUUUAGAGUUUGUUUCAAACUUUUUCUAAUUCUCUAAGAUGUUCACAGCACUUCUUACACCAAUAGUGUUGGAAAGUUAAUAAUACCCUGUUUAGGGCAGAAUGUUAAGGACCAUCCUGACAGAGUUCCAGUCAUGCCCAUUUAUUUUGUUUUCAAAUAAAAGCACAAUGUCACUAGUUUUUCCAAAGUAUAUCUCAUGUUGGCCUGAUUAUAAAAUUAUAAGCCUUUGGGGAGACUUAAGUAAUAGUGAAAUAGGAAAAAGAAGUCCAGGUAUCAAGGGAUUAUUGACAUUUCAAACUAAUGCUUCUAAUUACUUGUUCCCUAGAUAUUUAUUUCCUUCUUUAUUCAACAACAAGUUUAAGAGCUGGUAGGUUCAAUUCCUGUUUUUGAGCUCAUUGAUCACAGAAUGGUGAUACUGAAGGACACAGAAGUGGAAGCCUGUCUUCAGGGAGAAAAGAAGGGAGUGACCAUUUCCUAUAUGCCUCCUGUGUGCCAGACACUUUCAUUUAUAUUCCCAUUUUUCUCAUUUAGUCCUUACUGUUUGAGUUUAGAUAUCACCUCUUCUUUUAAGUUAAAGAGACAGCCUGUUUUUCUUGCUGGAAACGGCAUUAAAAAUGUUUCAUUUUAGUGCAAAGGGCAUGUUCUUUCUACUUUAUUAUGUUACUUUGAUAUAAAUUCCUUGUAAACCAUUGUCCUUGGGAACAUAAGAAAAAUCCCAC